AUGGUCGAAUCUCAUGAGUCUGCAGCCGUGCUUGACCUCAAGGUGCACCUGGCCACGAACUCCAAUGCAAGGGCCAUCUUGACCUUGCCAGGGAGUGUGCUGAGACUUCCAGCAGUCGAAGGAGACGAUGACUGCUCAUCCACCUUGCACCUCUCUCAAUUCGUGGGGAGAGCAGUCUUGCGCGUGUCGUUCGCUCCAUUGGUUCCCCGGUUCCCUUGCUUUGGGAACGUCCACUUCUCUUUCCUCGAAACUCCGGAACUGGACUUCUGUCUUUCCGCCUAUGCGGGGCUUGACCUCCUGUCACUUCCUGGCAUCUCCGGCCUCUUGCACAAGAAGAUUCAAUCGGCUAUUGCAGGUCACAUGCUAUGGCCAAGGCGCUUCACAGUCCGCACGAAGGCAGCAGCAGUGGCAACAGAUAGAACCAGGCGAGCAGUUGGUACUGUGACAGUGGAGGUAGUGGAGGCCACAGAGCUAACUCAAGCAGGACUUCUUCUGGCACAGCAUAUCCUGUAUCCAUCACCCUUUGUCAAGAAGCUACUCACUGCAGUUUCUGUGUUCUUGCUGUCAUCUCCUUCUGCAGCACUUCACGCUUGGGCUCUGGAGCCACCGCGGCCUGCCAUGCGGUGA